AUGGAGUCUCUCAAAGCAGUGUUUUUCGGGCCGGACCCCGCUGCGCAGAUGAGAAAAUGCAAUAGCCUCAUCCGAAGCAAUGCGCGAAAGCUAGACAGGGACAUUGCCCAGCUCAAAGCUCUAGAGGCCAAGACGAAACAAUACAUCGUUGCUGCGUCGCGACGGGCAGAGCGCAACCCAUCUCAGGCGGCACAGGCGGCGAAGGAGACCCGCACAUUUGCUAGGGAGAUGGUGCGGAUCAGAAAACAGAGCAGCCGGCUGAUGACGAGCAAGGCUCAGCUGGAGAGUGUGAAGAUGCAGGUUAACGAGGCUUUUUCCGUGCGCAAGAUUGAGGGGAGUCUUCGGGCUUCGACGGGGAUCAUGAAGACUGUCAACCAUCUUGUCCGGCUGCCUGAGCUUACGGUGACGAUGCAACAGUUAAGUAUGGAACUGGUCAAGGCGGGGAUAAUCGAAGAACUGGUCGACGAUAUGAUUCCCCAAGACCAGCUGCUAGAGGGAGAAGAGGAAGAGGCCGAGUCCGAAGUCGACAAGGUUCUGCAGGAGAUCCUCCAGGGCAAGCUGUCCAAGGUGGAAGGGCUUAAGCCAGAGGGCAAGGUGGAGGAGGAGCCGGCGGAAGAAGAAUUCGAGGACCAGGAAGAAACCCUUGCACAGAUGCGAGGGCGGCUCGAGGCGUUGAAGAGCUGA